CCAAUGGCAGUAUAUAUACCAUUUCAGUCUCAAAAAGUUGAGGGACGAUCUAUCCGGUUUUGUUUUGUCCUGUCGUUACCUCUUCUUUUUUUAAUAAUAUCUUAAACAAGCACCAGCAGCUUCUUCAAUAUUAUCUUCUCUGAAUCUAUUUUUGCUAAGGAUGAGAGUGGCGGUAGUUGGUGCGGGCAUAAGCGGAUUGGCGGCGGCCUAUACGCUUACGAAAGGCGGGGCGGAGGUGGUGUUGUAUGAGAAGGAAGAGUAUCUCGGUGGUCAUGCCAAAACUGUCACCGUGGAUGGAGGUGUUGACUUGGACCUGGGUUUCAUGGUCUUCAACCGGGUGACAUAUCCCAACAUGAUGGAAUUGUUUGAGACACUUGGAGUUGAUAUUGAGAUUUCUGAUAUGUCAUUCUCAGUGAGCUUAGAUGAAGGAAAUGGUUGUGAAUGGGGCAGUCGAAACGCGUUGUCAGGUCUCUUUGCACAAAAAAAGAAUCUGCUAAAUCCUUACUUCUGGAACAUGAUUCGCGAAAUCACCAAGUUUAAACACGAUGUUUUGAGGUACCUUGAAGAGGUUGAACACAACCAAGACGUUAUUGACAACCAAACAUUGGGAGACUUCAUCAAGUCACAUGGUUACUCUGAAUUGUUUCAAAAGGCGUAUCUUGUUCCGGUAUGCUCCUCUAUCUGGUCUUGCCCUGCAGAAGGAGUUCUGAGCUUCUCCGCGUUUUCUAUACUAUCAUUUUGCCGCAAUCAUCAUCUACUCCAGCUUUUUGGUCGCCCUCAGUGGUUUACUGUCAAAUGGCGUUCACAAACAUACGUUAAAAAGGUGAAAGAAGAACUGGAGAACAGAAGCUGCCAGAUAAGAACAGGUUGUGCGGUUCAAUCUGUCUCAAACCUCGAUGAUGGUUGUUUGAUAGUGUGUGAAGAUGGGUCCGAAGAAAGCUUUUCCGGUUGCAUAAUAGCCACACAUGCACCCGACACUCUCAGGAUAUUAGGAGAAGAAGCCACAUAUGACGAAAAAAGAAUACUUGGCGCUUUUAAUUAUGUCUAUAGUGAUAUUUUUCUUCACCGUGACAAAAGUUUAAUGCCCCGAAACGCAUCAGCAUGGAGUGCAUGGAACUUUCUCGGAACAGUGGACAACCGAGUUUGCUUAACAUAUUGGUUAAACGUGCUUCAGAACAUCGAUGAUAGUAACGGGCUACCUUACUUAGUAACGUUAAAUCCACCGCGAAAACCAAAAAAUACGAUGCUGACAUGGACAACCGGACAUCCUGUCCCAUCAGUUGCAGCAUACAAGGCUUCACUCUCGCUUAACGACAUUCAAGGAAAGAGAGGAAUCUGGUUCUGCGGUGCAUACCAAGGUUACGGGUUCCAUGAGGAUGGACUAAAGGCUGGUAUGGUUGCGGCAAACAGCGUGCUUAAUACGAGUUAUGAAGUUCUCAACAAUCCUAAACAUAUGGCACCCUCGUUAAUGGAAACUGGUGCGCGGUUUUUUGUUGCCAGAUUCCUUCAAGAUUAUAUUGCUAUGGGCAGUUUAAUUUUAUUGGAAGAAGGUGGUACGAUGUUCACCUUUGAGGGAACGCGAAAGAAGAGCCCGUUGAGAGUUUACUUAAAAGUUCAUAAUCCACAGUUUUAUUGGAAGAUUGUUACAGAAGCUGAUUUGGGUCUUGCUGACGCGUACAUAAACGGAGACUUCUCGUUUGUCGAUGAAAAGGAAGGCCUUUUGAAUAUGUUUAUGAUCUUCAUUUUUAACCGAGAUUUACAAAGUUCUGCCUCUAAGAGCGGAGGCUGGUGGACGCCAAUGUUUUUAACAGCUGGAGUUGCAUCUGCUAAGUAUUUUUAUCAUCAUAUUUCGCGGCAAAAUUCUCUUACUCAAGCACGUAGGAACAUAUCUCGCCACUAUGAUCUGAGUAACGAUCUCUUCGCCCUCUUCUUGGACGAGACCAUGACAUAUUCAUGUGCAAUAUUCAAGAGUGAAAAUGAAGACUUAAAAGAUGCACAGAUGAGAAAAAUCACUUCAUUGAUUGAAAAAGCAAAAGUCGAAAAGAAUCAUGAGGUUCUUGAGAUCGGAUGUGGUUGGGGAACUUUAGCAAUUGAAUUAGUGAAACGCACAGGGUGUAAAUACACUGGAAUCACCUUAUCCGAAGAGCAACUAAGAUAUGCCGAAACCAAGGUGAAGGAAGCUGGUCUACAGGACAAGAUCCGAUUUCUGCUAUGUGAUUAUAGACAGUUACCAGAAACAUGCAAAUUCGAUAGAAUAAUAUCUUGUGAAAUGCUAGAAGCUGUAGGGCAUGAAUACAUGGAAGAGUUUUUCGGGUGUUGUGAAUCCGCAUUGGCCGAUAACGGGCUAUUUGUGUUGCAGUUCAUAUCGAUCCCAGACACGAGAUAUGACGAGUAUAGGAGAAGCUCGGACUUUAUAAAGGAAUACAUAUUUCCGGGAGGGUGCUUGCCUUCGUUUAGCAGAGUGGCGUCAGCCAUGGCUGCUUCGUCCAGACUCUGUGUGGAGCAUGUGGAAAACAUAGGGAUACAUUAUUAUCAGACACUUAGAUAUUGGAGGACAAACUUCAUGGAAAAGCAAAGCAAAAUCCUUGGUUUGGGGUUCAACCAAAAAUUUAUUCGUACGUGGGAGUACUAUUUUGAUUACUGUGCUGCGGGUUUUAAGACGCAUACACUUGGGGUAUAUCAGAUGGUGUUCUCGAGGCCGGGAAACAUGGUUGCGCUGCGCAAGGGCAUUCCAUCCGCUUAUUCUUUUUAAAUUCUAAAUGUAAUACAUCUUCAUUCAUCAUCAUCUUCAACUGUAUUUUCUUUUUCUCUCCUCUUUUGUCUUGAAUAUUAAACAGAUAAUAAAACAUACAACAAAUGUUUGUUUUUAAUUUUUAGAAUAAAUUACACUGAGGUAACAUA